GGGGAGGCAGGGCUUUCAGGAGGAGCCCCCGCAGGAUGUCUGACAUGUUUCAGCAGGACCACAGGCCACUGGCUGGCGCAGAGCACAUGCUUGUGGUGGGCUGUUUGUCUGCGUGAAGCUGGCAUGGCCUCCCGUUCCCCCGUGCAUCUGGUCCCCAUUAGCGGAGCCGAGAGUAUAAAGCGGAGCGCUGACGGAGGGCUGGGAACAGUCUAGUUCCUGUGCCUGAAUCAUGGGCUUUGGUGUGUGGCUGUGCGUGCUGUGUGUGCAGGCGAGCCUGCUGUCACACGCCCUGGACUGCUCAGGGACCGGCCCGGGCCAGCUGUGUGUCAGCGGACCGACCGCAGACAGACAGAAUGAAGAACAGAGGGAGCACAGGGCACUUCCCUUAAAUGAAGAACUGGUUCUGCUCAGACGUAAGAGACAGCUGGAGCGGCGGGGUCCCACCCACCUGAGUCAGUCCAGCCUGCCCGGAUCCGUCUCCGUCAAAGGCUUCCCCAACACCCUCAUCCAGGCCGACAGGUCAAGGAGACACUUGAAUAAGAAAAAGAACAAGCGUAAAACACGCCCUGGCUCCUUCUCCCUCCUUAGCAACGACAAGAAAUCCAACCCCCUACAGGUGAUCCGAGCAAGGAGACAAGUUAAACUGGAUCCACCCAAGAGGGGCAAGUCAGGUCGCUCUGGAGCUUUCUCCGUCCUGGGAGAUCCUCAGAUUGAAGGGCAGGGCAACAGACCCGAGAGGAGCAUAUAGAAAACAAGUGCUGAGACUUUUCCGAAUUUUGGCGAAUCCCAUCGAGGAGUAUUUUGUGCACACUAAGGAGUAAAGAAACAAAAGCCUAGAUAAUCUAACACAAUAAAAACGUAACUGUGUUCAUUCAGUGUUUUGUUAAGAAAUACUGGUGUGUGUGUGUGUGUCUGCUUUGAUUAUUUUAUUAGUACGUCAGCUUACAUUAAUCAAUCAGUCUCUACUUAUAGAUCAAUUACAUUAUAAACUAAUAUAUGUCUGCAUGUUACAUCACAAGAGAUUUCAUAUUAAUAUUCUAGUUUGUUGUUUUAUUGUAACCUAUUUAAUCAAAGAUUCCUUCUGAGGAUGGGGGUAUAUUUUUGCAGUACUGUUUCUUGAGUUGUUGUUUAGGGUUGCAAUAAAAAAUAUGUGGA